AUAAAGUUGUCUUGUUUUUCAGGAGGUGAUGUUAGACUGGUCAAUAGUAGUAUUGCCUGCUCUGGUAGAGUUGAGGUCUUUCAUAAUGGCAGUUGGGGAACUGUGUGUGAUGACUCUUGGGACAUUAAUGAUGCUGCUGUGGUGUGCAGACAGGUGGGAUGUGGAAAAGCUCUUAGUGCCAACAGUGGGGCUUCUUUUGGGAGAGGGAGUGACAAGAUCUGGCUGGAUGAUGUUGCAUGUUCUGGAAGUGAGAGCAAACUAAUACAGUGCAAUCACAGGGGACUAGGAUCUCAUAACUGUGGCCACCAUAAAGAUUCUGGUGUUACAUGUUCAGGGGGGUUGAGAUUGGUCAAUGGCUCUGAUUCCUGCUGUGGAAGAGUGGAGAUCCUUCACAAUGGCCAGUGGGGAACUGUGUGUGAUGACUACUGGGACUUAACAGAUGCUGAUGUUGUGUGCAAACAAUUAAACUGUGGCAGAGCCAUCAGUGCCCCUAAAAGAGCUGCUUUUGGUCAGGGAAGUGGAGCGAUCUGGCUGGAUAAUGUUGGAUGCUCUGGAAAUGAGAAUACCCUUACACAGUGCUCACACAGAGGUCUGGGACAACAUGACUGUAAUCAUGGUAAAGACACUGGUGUUGUGUGUACAGGUGAUCUGCAGCAGCCCACCCUUUCCAUAAUCUCUCAUUCAGUUGUGUCUCCUGGAGAAAACAUUCAGUUCAGAUGCACAACACCUAAUCCAAGAUGUCAUGUAAAUGCUGAAUUCCACCUGUUCAGAAAAUCAUACACAAUAUCCUCUGAAACAAGUGUAUCUAGUGUGACUUUCAGUCUGAAUGUAGACGUCUCACAUCAGGAUCAGUACAGCUGUGAUUACUCUUACAGGAAUGACAUCAUCAAGUCUUCCAGGAGUAACACUAUUGAAAUUACUGUAGGUGAGUGUGUUCACAAUGAAUUACUUUUCUGUGUUUAAUUACAUUUUCAUUAUAUUUAUUCGUUUCGUACUUAGU